AUGGACAGCCAAUUUGCCAAAUCGAUCUCAUCGGAACUCUUCACCUUUGUCGUUGGCCAAGCGAGGAAGGAAUUCACCGUGCACUCUGGCCCCCUGGCUAGCUUGUCCUCGCCGCUAGACAGGCUCAUGAACGGCCCAAUGAUGGAGGCAAAAGCUCGGAAAGUGGACUGGUCGCAGGUGGUCGACGAGGAUACCUUUGUUCGCCUGUGCCAGUAUGCCUAUAGUUGCGAUUACACGCCACCUGUGCGCUCGGUGAAAGAAAAGGCUGAAACGCGUCAGAUGGCUUCCGUGUCAGCAUCCAAGAAUGAGCAGCAGGAACCUGCUUUGUCUUUCUACCCUAGGAGGCACAAAGUCCCGCCCAUCCCCUCAUCCAUGUUGUCAAGGUUUAACAAGUCCUUCCCCUCGCCUAACGACUCGCACAACGAAAAAAGUAUCUCGACACGGCAGCUUCAGGAAAAGUUUUGUGACCUCCGGGAGCGACACGCAAAAUUGCAUUCAAACGCCGUAUCACAGCAGACAACAAAGUUCGCUUCCACAGGAAACUAUUGCCACCCACAGGGUUUGAAGCCAGAUUUCCUCGGCCAUGUGAAGCUAUACAUUUUGGCUGAUACAUAUGGCAUCCUGCCGCUUGCGCACUUGGUUCUGUUUAGACUGGGGGCUGCGCUGGGAAGUCUCACCCCGUCUGAAUCUAACAUGGGCGAAAUAGUUGCCCUGGUUCGAUUUUCCUAUCAACGCACACGGCCCAACGACCCUCUGAGAAUAUUGGUUGCAGCAUAUGUCGCCUCCGUUUCCAGCCAAAUAGGCUUGUGCGGUGAUUUGCAAGAUCUGCUGGUCGAGGGUGGGGAUUUUGUUUGUGACUUAUGGAAGGCUAUUUGGAAUUGA